GUUUGCUUAUACAUUAUCCCGACGUGACCUGAAGUGAAGCUGGAGAUUCAUGAAAUGUGCUGAGAAUAUGCUUUAAUCGGUAGUUGAAGCAGAUCAGGUUCUUGCCAAACUUGAGGAGGGCCCAAAGUACCUUCCCAUUCUUGCAUCAACGAUUUCACCUGUACCUUCCUCUCCACGCAGGCUCGGAUUCUUCCUGCCUUGAACUUAGUUGACUCGUAGCCAAAGAAGACUCUGCUCCAGAUGAGGCCAAAUUCUUCAUCAUUCAUUCCACGCACUUCGUCACCUCUCGACGGAAGCACUCCAUCAUCUUGCUAUGCCCCCGCGAACACGAAAGAGAAAGGCAUCUGCUACGGCUCCGAGGAAAACAACCAGGGCUGUAAGGAAAUCAGGUGCAAGGGGAGCAAAUCAACGCAAAGACAAAAAUUCCAUGCGGGCAACGAACGCUUCUUCCAACAAGAAGCGAAAGGUGUUUUAUGUUGAAGCCAAGAACCGAAUCGAGAAGCACGGUGUCGAUUUUAUGGAGUUCGUCGAUAAGGAGAUGUAUACACGAAUCCCUCGAAUUGGCGUCGAUGUGUUGAAGAAAGAUAUUUCUCAUGAUCUUGUAACCGUUCUUCCCUGGAUGAGUUCUUCGUCGGCUCUCCAGAGACAGAGCACCCAAACUUACCCAAAGAUGAUACUCAAAGCUCUCGACGCUUUGCAGAGUGAUGUUAAGACUUACGAAGACCUGGUCAAACAAGACAACAAGAUCAGGGCACCCAACUGGAUGCGCUGGGAACAAGACACCAAAGACCUGGAGGAUGUGAGCAAGCACGGUCUUGCUAUGGCUUCAAAGAUCAUCAAUCAUUUUAUUAUGCCAGAUUUACACGAACUUCCUCCCAAGCCUUCUGAGAGCGCUGGCGGAGUUGAGCAUGUAGCAUGGGAUCUGAUUGAGGAGGUUCUACCAAAGAUGUCUGAUGACAUAUGGGGAAAGAUUGCACAGGGUCAUCUGAAGGCGUUUACUGAGGUCUUGAAAGCGCGACCAGCUGAAUCGUUGCAGAUGAGGGCACGUGACUGCGCACAGACCAUAUCAGGAUGUUCCAUUUCGAGGCAGCCCUCGCUGAGUCAGCUGCAAAAAGUGUGA